GCUGCGUGCGAAUCACAGUCAGGAUACAGUCAUCUACCGGUCUGAUACAGAAAAGUCUUCAUGGUUUAACGGGCAUGUCUAUUGAUCCACGUUCUUCGCUUGCUGUUAAUAAAUACCACAUUGUUGGUAUAUGUUGAAGGGCGGUUUAAAUAGAUAUUACACUGAAAGAGCAGCGGACUCGACAUUAAACUGCACCGCCUUGGCUUGGCUUUGAAUCCAGGAGGGGAUUUUGAACGAGAUGGAAAAGAUUGAGGAUGUACUUGAACAAAUAUAUUAUUUUUAUAUGAGAACAAACUGGGAAAACUACUGUGAUCAUUGGAUGUUUUAAAAGGGGACGACAGCAGAGGUUAUUGCUGCUAUCAGGGAUCGUUCUACAGCCGAUGGGUUAUCCACCCAGUGGGGUCGAGAAGAGCAGUGUCAUCUCAGAGUGUUCUGUAGAUUCACUACUGAAGCUAAUGGUGGAGUCAUCUUCCUCUGGAGGCAGGGGUGCUGAGGAAAGGACAACACCUCCCAGCAUCACUCAUGUUACAGAUAGGCAAGAGGACAUAAUGCAAGGCAUGUUCUCCCAUACUGAUACAUCACAGAGAGAGAAGAGCCACCUGCAGGGCAGGCAGGACCAUGAUCUCCUGUGUUCUGGUGCAGAAGGUCAGUGUGUUGAAGAACAGCAUCAGCAGGAGUGCCCGGGCCAGGCCUGUACCCCUCCAUGUGGCACAAAGCUGCCAAAUGGACAUGCAAGCCACAAUGCACAUAAAGUUCCUAAGUCAUCUCAACCUGCGGGAUGUGUAGACUUUAUUUUUAAAGACAACAAUGUUAUAGCAAACGGUGAGCUAUCGGAAGACUCCAGAGAUUUGAGUGUUGAAGCAGGAUCAAGUGGGGUUCAUAUCAGAAAUUUCAUGGCAUGCGCUCUCUCUGAAUUGGCCACAUCACCUCAAGAUGGUGAUAAGAAUAGAACUAUAGGAUCAGAACUUGUUUUGAAUCCCCAGAAUUCAGUGUUUGAGCAAGCCCUUGGGGGUGACACCACAAGUUUUCCUGAAUCAGAACAGCACUUUACCAGGAAUCCAUCAGGCAGUCCGUCAGCUGCUUUGACACAUUCCCUCAGGAAGUUUUCUUCUAGCACUUUCUUCAACGCUGACUCUAGACAGAAUCCAGAUGAUGACGAGACCUUUCCCUCAUCAGAUAAACAGGAUGACUUAACGUUCAUGGACAUGACUCUGAAUUCCAGGAACACCUAUGAAAUUAGUCGGCGUCAGAGCGCCCCAGACAACAUCCCUGGUGUGUUGAGUGUUGCUUCCACAGAUCUGACUCGGAAACAUGGCAUCUCAGAGAUCUUUAGCAGAAGUUUGUUCUCCAGAAAGCAGAGAGAGGCCCAGAGUGCACCAGGAUGGAAACUUUUUGGAAAAGUCCCACUGAGAGAGAGCCCACCCAAAGACUCCAGAACCAUUCAGCAGGAAAGUAACCCAGGCAAUCUUACAUCUGUAUCUACACCCAAUCUCUUAAGCUCAGGGGAGUACGAGGCCAAGGUGGCUAAAUCCAGCCAGAGCCCUUCCCUGCCUGCUCAGGGCCGACGGAAGAACCUGGAAUUCGAACCGUUGUCCACCACAGGGCUCAUACUAGAGGACCGCCCAGCGAAUCUUCCUGCUAAGUCGGAGGAGGAAGCCCAGCGCCACCGUCAGGAGUAUGAUGAAAUGGUGGCAGAGGCAAAGAAAAGAGAGUUGAAGGAGGCACAAAAGAAGAAAAAGCAAAUGAAGGAAAGAUUUAAACAAGAGGAGAGCAUCGCUAACGCUAUGGUGGUUUGGAACAAUGAGAUCCUUCCCAACUGGGAGAACAUGCGUGGCACACGGCGUGUGAGAGAUCUGUGGUGGCAGGGUCUGCCACCCAAUGUGAGGGGUAAAGUGUGGAGUCUGGCCAUCGGGAAUGAACUGAACAUCACCUCAGAAUUGUAUGAGAUCUUUCUCUCGCGAGCCAAGGAGCGCUGGAAGAGCUUCAGAGAGACAGGCAGUGAGACAGAGUCAGAGGUGGACAGUGGGGCGUCAGUUGCUGACCGGGAGUCCAGUCUGGACCUGAUAAAGCUGGAUAUCUCUCGCACGUUUCCUUCACUCUUUAUCUUCCAGAAGGGUGGGCCGUACCACGAUCUCCUGCACAGCUUGUUGGGUGCUUACACCUGCUACAGACCAGACGUGGGAUAUGUUCAGGGCAUGUCCUUCAUCGCUGCAGUGUUGAUUCUCAAUCUGGAGGAGGCUGACGCUUUUAUCGCCUUCGCCAAUCUCCUCAACAAACCCUGCCAGAUGGCUUUCUUCAGAGUGGACCAUGAGCUGAUGCUGAAAUACUUUGCAGCAUUUGAGGUGUUCUUUGAGGAAAACCUACCCAGACUUUUUAAUCACUUCAGGAGUUACACCCUCACCCCUGACCUGUACCUGAUCGACUGGAUCUUCACCCUGUACAGCAAGUCCCUGCCAUUAGAUGUGGCGUGUCGGGUGUGGGACGUGUUCUGCAGAGACGGGGAGGAGUUCCUCUUCCGCACGGGGCUGGGAAUCCUGCGGCUCUAUGAGGAAGUGCUGCUGCAGAUGGAUUUCAUCCACAUUGCUCAGUUCCUCACCAGACUGCCAGAGGACACACACCCCGAACGCCUCUUCAACUGCAUCGCCAACACCCAGGUGAUCAGCAGCAACAGGAAAUGGACACAGGUGUUUAGUGCCCUGGUGUAGGAUAAAGAAAAGGAAUAAAACAGCAGUCCUUCGUUGAGAAACUCUUUAUGUGACAAACCAAUUUGAGCUUUUAAAUGGACUAGAUUAAAUGCAAAUGGAUUGAUUAAAACAGAAUAUUGAAUUAAAAAUGACUCAUGCAGCAUGAAGAAAAAGAAAAACUUGAUGAACUUUUUUUAACCAAUGCCAGUAUUUCUGAAGUUUAAAAAAUGAUUUUAUUAAAUGAAAUUGCAUCCUGAAAAUGAGCCUUUGAGAAAAUAAUCAUGUUUAUUCACCAGCUUAACCAUGUACUGUACCUGAUACCAGCAUCACUUUAAUGCUUUUUUUCUUUUUUUUUUUUUUCUUUCCCAAGUUCCUCUUUGAGAGGACGACUAAAAAAAAAAAAAAAAAAAAGACUGACUGGUGCAUAAAAAAAUAAAAAUAAAAACAAGUUUAUGCUAAAGCUAUUAUUUUGAAGCAUUUCAUUUGGAGUCUGUUUGUGCACUUGGAGUUUUCAUAUUUGAUAUUGACACUAUUAAUAAACUGUUAGGAGUUGCCGGAGAAGAUUUGUUAAAAAAAAAAAAAGCAAGAAAGAAAAGAAGUGAUGUUGUUUUCUUCAGCAGUUUUGUUUUAUGGAGAGAAGAAAAAAAAGACCUUAAUGAAGUGCAAUAGAAAUUGUAAAAAUAUGCAUGAUGCAGUUAAGAUUGAUCCGAGCAUAUAUGCUGAAAUAAUGCAUAGGUUUUUUAGGUGCUGCAGAAGAAUUAUUCUGUCUGUUACAGUCAACAUCCCAUUCUGCAAUUUUAAUUUGUACUUUUAAAACACUAAUGUGUAACUUGAAACUAAAUCUUACUAAUGUGAAUAUGACAGUAAAGUGCAAAGGCUCUAAGUGAAUGAUGGAUAAAGAGGUUUAGAAGUUGCGGCAGUUAGAAUCACAAUACAUGUGUGGUAUAACAAUAAGUGGUGUAAUUAUUUGUCUGUUUCUUUUUCUGUUCAAUUAUUUGACCAAAUGCAUUGGUUAUCUUGGGAUUUCACUCGAAUAUUUGUGAAUAUGGAGUCUGGAAAGAUUGUUUGAUUUGGCUGUACAUUGCAUCUUGAUGAUAAAUGAUUUUUAUAUGUAAAUUGUAUCAUUAAUUCUGGAUUUGUUUUCUACACACUCCUGGUUUUAUUGUACAGUUUUCAUACUCAAGUGAAGAUGUAUUGUAAAUAGACAACACUUGAUACCAUCAAACGUGUAAAUAAAUGGCUAAAAGUG